CACCGUUGCCAAACAAUGGGCAGGGAAAAGCCACGUUGACGAAGUCGACAGUAGUCUGCGUUAUUUUUCAUCCAGGAAACAGAAGGAUUGUUUUUAUUUUGAAGACAACGAAGCGACUCUUUGGAAGAAGCGCUUGACAGCAGUCAUGUCAUCGCCGCCCAAAGAGAAAACCGAGACCAAAGCUGGACAUCUCCCUGCUGUGAAAGUAGGAGGAGGCAUGAGGAUAGUUCAGAAGCACCAGUCUGCAAAUGAAGUGCCAGACAAGAAGAAUGACAAAGACAGUGAAGAAUAUGAGACUGAGAUCCCACCAAAGAUGCAUGUUGUGGUCUCGGGAGUCGUCACUAAGGGAGAUAAAGACUUCACCCCUGCUGCUGCCCAGGUGGCCCAUCAGAAACCUGUGCCCUCGGUACAGAAGCUUCCUGGGGCUCAUCACAUCAACCAGCACAUCCACCAGCCUCGGAAGUGAGCCCUUAACCCAGCUGUAGACCACCACGGGCACGGGGCCAGGACCACACCACCCCAAACACCUGCUCAGGUUCCCAGGGAUCUCUUGCUGUCAAGCAUUCCGUACGCUGCCCCUCCCCCACCCCCCCAUUCCGUAUGUG